AUGAAAAAGCGCGACAAACGCCUUAUGGAUUAUGCCCGCUUCAAGAGCAUCAAGGAACGAGGGGACAAGCCGGACAAGAAAACCACCGAGCAAGGAGAGCAGUUUGUAGCUCUCAACGAAGCCCUUAAAGAUGAACUUCCGAAACUCUACUCUCUUACCGCCAAAUUGAUGGAGGCUUGCCUGAAAAGCUUCGUUCAUAUACAAACGUCGUGGUUUAAAACUUUGCAGGACAAACUUUGCCCCCUAGUGGACUCGUUCCCGGACGAUAUCCAGAAGGUGAUUGGUGAUUGGAAUGCGAAUUUCAGCUUCUCUGAGGCACAGGUACUGUCGCUAGGCAUCUGCAACGGCUCGUUGUUGGCAGACGCUGUCAACCUUGUCAAUUUCAACACUCCUCCAACCGGAGCAAAUAUUAGUUCGCCGCGGUGCCCAUCAACAGUCAAUAGUGCCAGUACUCGCGUCGGAUCCACUAUGGAUGAAUCACCCAAAGCUUCCCAUGAUUUUGGCAGUGGUAGCCACGCUUUCCAGUCGCCAAGUCUUGAUAGCCAGUCCCAAAUCUCUCUUGGACGCAAGCGUGCUGAUUCAACUUUCUCGGGUCGCGCUCCACCAGAUUCGAUUGAAUUACCCCGGAGUCAAAUGUUGCAACAGAUUACUGGCUCCUCAUCAGCUUCUGUACUUCAGCCCAGCUCUAACAGAGAGUCUUGUCCAAGCCUGCCUCGGUUGAGCCUUGAUUCUCCAUUCCUUGUCGACGUCAUUGGCCCUUCUGAGAGUAGCGACAAACCAACCGAAGAACAGCCGAGCUCUCCUGGUCGGUACUCCGGCUUUUUCUCGUCCGCUAUGCCAAUGUCGGAUAACCCACAAGACAACCCUCCCCAGGAGAACGAAGCACCUAAAGAGCCCGCUGUGCUAUUCCUUGCUGCUAGUAUCUAUGAAUUCAACAUUGACCGUGCCCGACGAGAAGCCGGGUAUCCCUACUUGACAUACGUCGUCGGAGAAAUUUUUGAUGUCAUCGCUGAAAAGGGCGAGCUGUGGCUAGCCAAGAACCAGGACGACCCUACUCACCAGGUCGGCUGGAUCUGGAAUAAGCAUUUUGCGAAGCUUUCAACCUGA